AUAGUCGUACCGGUACACCUUCAACUUGUCUGAGUGGAUUUCUCAGUUUUCUCGCACUUUAGCUCCAUAAAUAAUUUUUUUCACGAUGUCCAACUUUCCGCAGUUACUCCGAGCCGCGCCUGCGCCUUUUAGGCGGCUCUCUUGUGGCAGAGGCGGAAAAGGGAGCGUCGGUUUGAGUGUUAGCGGAAACUUUUUGCGCCUGCGCUCCUCAGCUGCGCUGUCAUCCAGCCCGGAGCACCGAAACAGACCCAGAACCCGGGGCUACGCGAGCUACAGCCGCAGGGAGCCGCUCCGGAUCGGCUGUGCCUCCGGGUUCUGGGGGGACACGGCCACCUCAGUGCCUCAGCUGAUCUACAGCGGGAAUCUGGACUUCCUGGUGUUUGACUACCUCAGUGAGAUCACCAUGUCUCUGCUCACCGCUGCCAAAACCAAAAUGCCAAACCUCGGUUACACUCCAGACUUUGUCCAGGUUGCUCUGGCUCCCUUCAUCAACGACAUCCACAGGAAAGGUAUCCGCGUGGUCAGUAAUGCGGGCGGCGUGAACCCUCUAGCCUGCGCCGAAGCCAUACAGGAAGUAACCAAGAAGGCCGGCCUUGAACUGAAGGUCGCCGUGGUGACCGGUGAUGACCUCAUGCCUCAUAGGAGCAGCCUGUCUGACGUAAAGAUGCCAGACGGCGGGGGCAGACAGCAGCUGCCUAAAACGCUGCACAGCAUGAAUGCCUACCUCGGGGCCGUCCCUGUCCGCCGCUGCCUCGACCUCGGAGCGGACAUCGUGGUAACGGGACGCUGUGUGGACAGCGCCGUGGCCCUGGGGCCGCUCAUGCAUGCUUUUGGAUGGGAGAGAAGCGACUACGACCUGCUGGCAGCCGGAAGUCUCGCAGGUCACCUGAUCGAGUGCGGCGCUCAGAGCACAGGAGGCAUCUUCACAGACUGGCAUAAAGUUCCCGAUUGGGACAACAUGGGUUUCCCGGUGGUCGAAUGUUCCAGCGACGGCUCCUUCGUUCUCUCCAAACCGCCCAAAACCGGCGGCCUCGUUUCCUUCGGCACUGUCGCCGAGCAACUGGUGUACGAGAUCGGAGACCCACGGCGAUACCUGCUGCCAGACGUCAUCUGCGACUUCAGCCAGGUGGUGAUCCAGGAGGUACCAGGUGAUGAGGGGGGAGCUGUCAGAGUAACUGGGGCGCAGGGCUUCGCCCCAUCACAUGACUACAAGGUUUGUGCAACUUACAUGGAGGGGUUCAGGGCGACCGCCGUGUGUCCGGUCACCGGGCCGAGAGCAGCGAAGAAGGCCAGAAGAACGGCAGAGAGCAUCAUCAAACGGACAAAGAAGAUGUUUAAACAGUUGGGACUGGAAGAUUUCAGCUCGGUUAACAUCCAGGUCCUUGGAGCUGAAGACACAUACGGUGCCAAUGCUCGCUAUAAGGACUCCCGGGAGGCUGUGAUCUGGUUGGCCGUCCACCACAAACAGAAGGAAGCUCUGGAGCUUUUCUCCAGAGAAGUGGCUCCUGCGGGGACCGGCAUGGCUCCCGGACUCACCGGCAUCGUGGGCGGACGACCCAGAGUGUCUCCUGUCCUAAAGCCAUUUUUCUUCUUGCAUCCCAAAUCUCAGCUGAAGGUGGACAUUCACAUCGGUGGAGAGCUAGUGGAGACUCUGUCAGAGGAGGAACCAGACACACCUGUGCAGGAUGAAGCCCCUCCUACUUCAGUAGAAGAUGUACCUGAUGCAGACCUGCCCAGUGGACCACACAGCUACAGACUGGAGGAGCUGGCGUACACCAGGAGCGGCGACAAAGGAGACUCUGCUAACAUUGGAGUCGUAGCUCGCCAUCCGCUCUACUUCCCCUAUCUGAAGAAACACCUGACUUCUUCUGUGGUGGAGGAAUACUUCUCCCACCUCAUCAAGCCAGGAGUGAAGAAUGCUGUCACACGAUACACUCUGCCGGGAAUCCACGGCCUUAACUUUGUCCUGCAGAGCUCGCUGGGAGGUGGAGGAGUGGCCUCUCUGCGCAGUGACCCCCAGGGCAAAGCCUACGGUCAGAUGCUGCUGGACUUGAAGCUGAGAGGACUGCCUGACCUCAAGUCUCUGGUGGACUGAGAGUCGAACAGAGGGAGAGAGAAAGAGCUGGAGGCAAACGGAGAUGUAAAAGAGUUCAUGAGGAAAGUGAGACUUUUUACCUCAAGAGAAACACAAAGGGAGCAUUUAUAGAUCCAGAUCACGUCCACAUCUGAAACCUGAAGAGCACAAGAUCAUUUUAUAUAUAAAUUAGAUUUAGAGCUUCACAAUGUUUACAACAUGUGGGUCACUGCAACUCAAAUCAUCAUGGGCCAUCUGCUCAGCCAUCUCCAAUUGGCCUAAAAAUGUUACAGUUCCAAGUUUGGGGAUAUAAAAUGAUUGCCGUGAGAGUUGUAGUUUCAUAUACCAAGUACUGUUCAAGACCUUUAUAUUUUUUUAAAUAGUCCACUGAUCAACUACCAGCAUGUUUUUCUCACACUUUGAAAUCUGAGGCAAUGUGUGAAUGUGAAUGACUCAAAAACCAUGAAAUGUAAAAGCCUUUCUUACCAUAAAAAGAAUCAGGAUCUGUAAUUUAUAUACAUGCCCAAACUUUAAACCACAAAAUAUUCAGGUGAGUCCGAUGUGGCUGAGCAGAACAUGUUCUAAGACUUUGAUGAUUUGAGAUUCGACAGCCCGCAUGAGAUCUGGCACAGAUUUAGAUCAUCUAAAGGAAACAUCCAGAGCACCACGUAAAAACAGCUGGACUCAGCUGGAUACACGUCCAUAAAAUUUAAGCCAAACAAGUUUACACGGGGCCUUAAUCCUCUGAAAUCCAAGUCAUCAUUGGUGAUGAUUGUAACCCUGUGCAGUCAGAAUGAAUAAUGUUGAAAUUCAAAUAGGACAUUGACAUUUUUCCCUCGUGUAUUGAAAAAGUGUUUCCUUUUUCCAAAUACAAUUUCAUGGUUGGGAUCAUCACCAGUGAUGGCUUACACCUCACGCAGAUUAACUGGUAGCUAACGGUUACUAAAUGCUAACAUUUAAAGACUGCCAUGUUGUUGGUUUUUUGGGUUUUCAAUAUUUGUAGUGAAGUGUUACCACAAGCAAGUUUACAGAGCACUCUUCAUCCAUAGGCUGUACAGAGAACAUAAAACCUGCUAAUUAAUGCUGAAAGGCUAAUGAAAUAUUCAAAUUUCUUUCACCACAACUAGACCACAGACUUGUUAGCCAAUAUGGACAAUUAACUGCACAGCAGCCAUGUACAGUCAACACAGUCCUGAGUCGCAGUUCAUUUAAAUAUUUAUUUAUUUUAUUAAAAAAGUCACCCCUGCUCAGUUGCUGUGAACUAAACUGGGGUUUCAGUUACUGACUUACUUUUGGAGCCAGCCUCUAGUGGACGUUAGAGGAACUACAUUUUUGAGUCGUAACGACUGAUAAUACUGACCUGUUAAAUUGAGGCCCACUUGUAUGUCAGUUCUUGGAGCAUUUGAUUUGCAAUUUGCGAACACGUUAAUGAGCUAACCACGCUAAUGCGUUGACGCCAUGCAGCCCCACACACGGGGCGAUCCGCGCUAACUCGCUAACGGAGAUUUGCCGCGUUAAUGCGGUUAUGGCGUUAACGUCAUUUUAAUGAGAUUAACGCUGACAGCACUAAUUUUGAAUCUCAAGUUCAAAGAGGAAAACCCUGUGGAAUCACCUGAAAGGCAGCUAAACUGCCAACAACUCUUUUUUUUUUCUUGCAUUUUACUUUCAUGCAAAUGUGUGGGUCAAAAGUUGUGAAAGCGUCAUCAUGCUGUAUUGGACUUGAUUUAAACUCGGUGACUGAUAUAGUGAAACAGUAGAGGUUUCUCACCCCAGAGCCACAGAUGUUGGCAAUAUAGGAAAAUGUUUGGAGGCCGAUUGUUCGCAUCAGCCUCAUAAUCUUGACUUGCCCUGACCUCUGACCUCCCAGGGAACAAGGAGAGCUGGUUUGGGUUUCCCUCGCAGGGUAAACAAAGUCUUUUCUGUGAGCUAUCAGAGGAGACACUCGACGGGCACGACGCCUGGUUCUCCCCGUCUCGUUCACCUUGGCGUGACCCGGCUCCUCCGAUGUUCGCCGCUCCACAGGAAUGCACGUCUCCUUCCACCAAACUGACUCUCUGCCUUCCAGCCGCUUUAGUCAUAAUUGCAAACAGACUGAAUUUGGAGUCGCAGUCACUCAGCAGCUUCCGUCGGGGCUCGAAUCUCAUAAAAUCCUCCACCUCUGAAUCAUAUCCCCCUUUCCACAAAAUCUUCAUACUCACAUUUCUUAAGUUUUUGGGGGUUUUCCAGGGAAAUUCUGCAGCCCCUGUUCCCUGAACUUUGACCUCUUUUUUUUAGAGAGUUUGAGUUUACAGUCAGAAAUGUAAAACAAAUAAAAGUAUUUUCAUGACUGAAUGAUCGCAAACACAGAGAAGGAGCCACAUUAGAGAGCCUGCCUAAAACAAUAAAUAAACAGUUGUCCUGUAAACGGGCAUUCAAAGAGUUUGGUGCACAAUAAAACCAUAAAAAAUGACAGCAAGACAAAUCCUUCCAGACAUGAAUUGAGAGCAGAGCAGCACGAGGAUAAAUUGUGCCAAAGUCACACGGGAAAAAUUCAAAUCAAUUGGCCAUUUUUUCGGAUUUAAGGGACGACUGAGCACGGUGUCAAAGUCAGAGCUUGAAAUGGCGCUUCCCAUAAAACCCCCAAACCAAAGAAGUUACAAGCCGCUAGUGUCGCCACUUUGCAUGUAAAUCUGGAAAUGUGCUCACAUCUCAAUGAUGAAGGGAGCAAGACUCUGGAUUCACAUCUGCCCUCCACAUUGCUUCCCAUGAAACAUUUGUCGUAAUCGUGUGGAGAAACCCUUCAUCAUUGUAGAACAACACCACCUCCCCAAAACACAUGGACUCUAAGAUUUAUGAGCGUGUACAGAAAAGAUUUCCAAACAAUCGAUGCUCAUUUUCUGGCAUGUUUACUCAAUUUGCAUGCUUUUAUGUCAAUAUAGACUUCCUUAGCUAGUUUUUGGUUCAAACCUGGAGCGAAUGAUGCGAAUCAGGAGGCCUGUUCAGCCUCCUGACUUCACCUGGUCGUUUUUAGUAGUGGUACGUGCCAUCCUAACCAACUCAGAUAGAUUAACAGUAAGACCGUUUUUAGCCCAGAUUAUUUUAAUAAUUUAACUAUAUCACUGCUCGUUCAUUUAUCAAAAAUGAAGGUUCUGUGAUGGUGUUCCUUAAAAUAAGGGCUACAUUUUUGCUUCAAGGUUUAAUUUGGGCAUCUAUAGAAACAUCUUGAAGUUGAACUAUGAAGUCUUUUUCCCCACAUAUUUGACAUUUCUUUGCUAGUCAAGGGAUUGUAGCAUGACUUAAGAAAACCAAAAUGUAAUAAAUAACAACGGUCUCUGGAGAGAAAAGGUCCCUGUUUAUUUAGGCAGCUGUUGUUAUCUGUGCCAUAUUUCAUAUUUAGCUAUCCAGUCGUUUUAGAGUGCCAGUCGAAACACAAACAUCCAAUAACUGAGCCUUGUGGAACACCAGAGGCCUUUUUUCUUUAUUUCAGCAGGUUUACAUUAACCAAAAGAAACAGAAGCAGCUCCCGACUUUUUAAAGUCUGAAAAAAAAAACCCAGUUAAAGUUAGUGGGUGACCUUUGUGAUUUGAUGUUUGUUUAUGCAUUAGCUUUUUAACAUAAACUCCGAUGGUAGCUUUUUUCUUAUUAACAGCUUUUCUCUGUGUUAUUAUAUUUGAACCACUGCCUCUCACCACUGAUUUUUUUUUCUUGCUUUCUCUCUUACUGGUACAAAUUACCAGCACUGCCUUAUUCGUAAUCGAUGCACUUUAGUCAAACUGGUAUCAUGAAGCUUUACUGAGGAACCAUGUGUGCUGUUAUACAACUACAUAGAUUUCAUCAAAAUCACGUAACUUUUUCAUUAAAUACCCAACUUACAGGGCACACUGUUGCUUUUUUGUCCAUUUUAGAAAGAUUUCUUUAAACUUGAAACUUACCAGUACUUUGAAAUGAUGAAACUCUUGUAAUUAAAGAUCUGAAAUAGACUGAAAAUUAGGAUUAUAAGCAAUAUGUUAAGACUUAUUUACUAUUUUUUGAUGAAGACGUUUAACUCU